AAUAUCAUUCUCUCUCUCUCUCUCCAGUUGCCCUGUCUGUUAUCCAGUGCACCCACUUUUGUACUUCGUUUCGUUUAGUCAGUCAAAAAGGUGAAAAAAAUUAAUUCGCCGAUUGCAAGUUGUAUCAUAACCUUAAAAAAUGUCGGGAGUAAUUGUUAAAAAUCUACCUCGUUUCAAUCACCUAGUUCCCCAGGCUGGACUUUCCUGGGAAUGCACAAGGGUUUUGAAAAAGGGCUAUGCAACCAAAAUAGCCCAGACAGGUGGCAAAAAUAUUGUAUUUAUCGAUGGAGUUCGAACGCCUUUUUUACAAGCAAACACAGACUACAACAACCUAAUGGCGGUCGAUUUAGCGAGACAUUCUCUUGUCAAUUUGCAGAAGAAAACUGGAAUCUCUAAAGAAGCGAUUGACUACAUCGUCUACGGAACGGUCCUCCAAGAAGUGAGGACAUCAAAUGUCGGUCGCGAGGCUGCUUUGGCUGCUGGAUACAGCGACAGAACUCCAGCGCACACCGUUACACAGGCUUGCAUCAGCAGCAAUCAAGGAAUAACUACUGGAAUGGGUUUAAUCGCCUGUGGCGUUUAUGACACUAUUAUUGCUGGAGGCGUCGAACUAAUGUCCGAUAUUCCCAUCAGACACAGCAGGAGUAUGCGCAACCUGAUGUUGCGUGCCAAUAAGGCCAAAACUCCUGCACAGAAAUUGGCUUUGCUCGCCACCCUUAGACCCUACUUUUUAAUUCCUGAUCUGCCAGCGGUCGCGGAAUACUCUACAAACGAAACGAUGGGACACAGUGGUGAUCGUCUUGCUGCUGCCUUUGGGGUAUCACGCCAAGAACAGGACGAAUAUGCUUUAAGAUCUCACACUUUGGCUGCUCAGGCUCAGCAGCAGGGACAUUUGUCUGAUGUCAUUCCAUUUGUUGUUUCAGGAAAAAAAUCCGUAAUUGAUAAAGACAACGGAAUCCGAGUCUCCACACCUGAGCAAAUGGCAAAAUUGAAACCCGCCUUUGUCAAACCCUACGGGACUGUUACUGCAGCAAAUGCCUCUUUCCUCACAGAUGGCGCUUCUGCUGCUCUAAUUAUGACUGAGGAGAAAGCUCGUCAACUUGGUCUCACACCCAAAGCUUAUCUCAGGGCUUUCACUUACGUUGCUCAGGAUCCUAAGGAUCAGUUGUUGCUUGGACCAGCUUACGCGAUUCCGAAGGUAUUGGACAAGGCAAACUUGAACUUGAAGGACAUUGGAGUAUGGGAAGUGCACGAGGCCUUCGCGGCCCAAAUUCUAGCAAAUUUGAAAGCCUUAGACUCUGAUUUCUUCGCAAAAGAGUAUUUGCACCGAUCUGCGAAAGUAGGAGCUCCAGAUCUUUCAAAGUGGAACAAAUGGGGCGGUUCUCUCUCAAUCGGACAUCCGUUUGCUGCAACUGGAGUUCGUUUAGCCACGCAUACUGCUAACCGAAUGAUCAAAGAGGAUCAGCAAUUUGGAUUAAUCGCUGCUUGUGCCGCUGGUGGACAGAGACAAACCACGUUUAUUGCAACACUCGUUUAUUGCAAGCCAAGACACUCCUCUGUCGCAACUUCCCUAACUCCCACCACUGAUGGUCACAUUUUCCGUAUAGCCAAUGACAGCGCGGAAGCGGAAAUGUAUUGUGAUACCACCUUACGGAUACGUGGAGUAGUGGAGUCCCCUCUUGAGUUGCAAUAG